AUGGAAACUAAAUCUAGAGGUGAGACUAAGCAGACAAAAAGUGCAUUGGAGCAGAACGGCAAGCCUUGGCAGGCUGUUGAACCAGCUCACCAGCAACGCAGCACGCAGGAGAGGUCAAGGCCGGCACCCCAGGCCUCAACCUCGGAAGCACCGAAGCUGAAAAGGGCCGAGGACCUGAGAGCUGAUCUUUGGGUCAGAAAUCGCGAGGCAAUGGUGCCAGAGUUCUUGGUCGACUUGAGGCCAUCUGCUUCAACAGAAGUUUUUGUGGGAGACGUGGAUGAAGCUCCUCUCUUCGACGGAGAGGUGAAGCUGCAAGUCUACCAUUUGGCGAAAGCUGUGAAAGCCAUCGGCCUUCCCAUCUACCACACCGGUGUCGAGGUAUAUGGUCUGGAGCACUACUACUGUGUGAAUGGUGUCGAAUGGUGUUGGCCGCGAGGCUAUGGACAAGGAGUUCACAAGGCCGCUGUGCCACUCGGCAAGACCAAACUCAACAAGACUCGCGUGGAACAGGUGAUUAAAAAGAUGAAGCCCAAAUGGCCUGGCCAGGACUACAAGCUGCUCAGCCACAACUGCCAAACCUUUGCUGUUGAGCUGGUCUCAUUACUGCUUCCGGGAGUAGUAGUUCCCAGUGAGUAUUGCAGGUUCGCGGGUACCAAGCCGAAGGCUUCCAAACCGGUGUUGCUUGCCAGACAGUAUUGA